UGACCCAUCACGUCUCCGGCUCCAACUACCGCUCGAAGUUGUAGGCUGCUCAAAUAAAAGUGCCUCAUCACGUCUGCUCCCGGAUCACGCCGCCAUGCCCGCAGGAGGUUGGUCUGAUCUCCCGCCGGAUCUGGCCCGCGAGAUCUCCCGCCGCCUGCAGCACGACGCCGUCGACUUAGUCCGCUUCCACGCCGUGUGCAAGCCAUGGCGGGACUCCCGGACGACAACGGCGACCGACCAGUUUCUGCCCUGGCUCGUCACCGCGGUGAAGGAGGACGAGACGCGCCUGGAGAUGAGAUGCGUCCUCUCGGGGACCAACUACCGCUCGCAGCCGCUGCUAUCCGAGCCGGCCCGGUGGAACUGGGUGACCGGCUCCGGCGGCACCGCUCUCCGGUUCCUGACCAUCGAACGCCUCCGCCCUAGUCUCCAUGACCCUCUCAUCGGAUCAGCCGAACACCUGCCUCUACUCCCGCAAUCCGUCGGCCGGUGGGGGGAGGAGAUCGACCCCCACGGCGUCAUCAACGGCAACGGUGCAACCCUUCUCUACAGCAUCUCCACCACCGGCGACAUGGUUGGGCACAGGCCCACAGCCAGGUUCACAGCGGCUCUACUUCGCCCCGGCGACGCAGAGUGGACAAUCCUCGAGAGGAUCCUCGAGCAUAAGUAUGAGCAUCGGUUCGGGACCUGGUCACUUCGUCAGCCUGUUUUGACGUCUGUCACAUACCACGAUGGUAAGAUCCUGGUCGUCAUGAAGGAUGACCAACCGUGGCGCCUCGCCACACCAAACUGCAAUAUCACCUGCGAUGAGCUUGUCAAGAGCCAGGGGCCGCCGGCGGUGCAGGUGUGGUUUGGCGAAUCCACCUGCAAUUACAGCUACGUCCUUGAGUCCCGUGGCGAGAUUCUACGGCUGUCAAUCAACACCUGGGAAUAUAACAGGUAUCUCAAGGGGACAAACCCCUACCUUCUCAAAGUCAAGGUGUCACUGCAGGCACUCGAGGGGCAACUAUUGUCAGAAUCGUCACCACUGGAGAAGAUGAGAUGGGUGAGAAGGGAUGGCCGUAGUCUGGCCGAUCGCGUGCUUUUCCUCGGUAUGUGCCAUAGCUUUGUUGUGGAUGCGGGGCGGGUUCCCAACGUCCAUGGCGGGUGUGCCUACUUCGUUUACCACAAUGAUAAUGCCUUUACAUAUGGCAAGCGUGCCGUGUUCCGGUGCAACCUCAUCAAUGGGAGGACAGAGCUUGUACAGCGGCUGCCUCAAUGUUGGGACUACAGAAUGUGCCUGUGGUUCAACCCCGAGUCCGUCAAUACUCCUCCCAAGGAAAUCAGUGAGGGGCCACAGAUGCAGCAACAGCAGAUAGCACCAACAAUUUCUAGUCCUCCAAGGCACACCAUUCACAUUGAGAGACAUCGUGUGCCCAGGUUUAGGGUGCUGGUGCGCAAUCUUCCUCUCACGGUGAACAGCACACAACUACGAUUCUUCUUCGGCGAGCACGGUAAAGUGUCCAGUGCUGAGGUGAUUUUCUAUAAGAAGACCAGGGCCUCACAGGGUAUUGGCCAUGUGACCAUAGAGACAACACAUUCCCAUCAGGAAGAUGCUCUUGCUGCUCUCAAUGAACUGGUUUUGGAUGGAUGUUGUCUCAAGGUUACCUUGAUCAAGGAGGAUCAGCCACCACAACGUCAGCAUAAGCGCAGAUAGAUCUAAAAAUAUGGAUUUCAUUUUCAAUCAUUAUAAAAGUGAAUAUACAUGGAUUGCGCAUGUUUGUCUGUGUUGCUGCUCCAAGAUCUCUUGCCUUCGUAUUUUUCAGUGUAGUGAGGUUAGUACUCCUAUGUCAUAAGUAAACUUUUAAAUUUGACUACGAAUAAUUAUUUAUAUUGGAAAAUUUAAAAACCAUAUGUACAGAUUUCUUUUAGUACUAGGAUUAUAUUGAUUU